ACUUGCUCGAAUGUUACGGAUUAAUGAUAAAGUAUGUUGUAUUUAGAAUACUUAAUGUAUUUAUUGUAACAUUCGUGUUAAUCGCAUGCUAGUCUAAAUACUUACAACAGCAGAAAUUUACGCAACCCAUUCCGAUAACAUUGUUUAAGCUUUGCUGUACAGCGGCAUUUUACAACGAUACACAAUUUUCCGAUAUACAGGGUGUUCUUAAAGUGACUAAACUUUACCAGCGUAUCCUAUUAACCGUAUUGACGAAAAGCUAUAUUAGGGAGAACCGUUGUCUGCAUCUCUAAAUUGAGGAGGGGUGUCCCUACCCUUUUAGUAUGCACAGUGGUGCUCAAUAGAACUUAGUUAACCGUAUGUGAAAUAACUAUGUAAGUAGAAUCCAGUUGUAAUUACAAAUUAAAAAAGAUACUCACAGGACUAAAAAAUUGAUAUUAUUAUAUUAGAUAAUAAUGUCAACGGGUAGGAUUUUUGUUCCACGCAAAGUGCAUUUUAUAUCGAAUACACACAGAAAUAUAAAAUAUUUAUAGAAAUAAAGUUAGAUGACCAAUACAAACCAAAUAUAAAUUAUUAUUAUUAUAUUUAAGUCCUUUUAUCGUUUCUUAGUAUUCAGGUAAGAUUGUUUACAUUUUGUUAUCAUAUCUGAAACAUAUGAAGCAAUCUAUAUGUGAAAUGUCUGACGCAUAGAAAACGGAGGUGGGUUAAUUUUCAUUUUUUAAUCACAUUUUUUUUCCAAGACUAAUGAUAUCGAUAAUCGACAACCUAUCUUGGUCGUCGAACGGUUAAUAGAAUGGCCGAAGUAAAGUGCAGGCAUACGUUUUAGAAACAACCUGUAUUAAAUCGAGUGCAACGUGAAGACCGGGCUGUACGUACGGCACUGGACCUGUUAUCCCCUCCACGCGGUAUUAAGAAGUACGUUCGCCAUAUCAUUGAGCUCUGUGCUUCAUAAUAUUAACCGGUGUACUGAGAAUAACGAGUAAUCUGUAUCGCGAAAACACACAGUUGCAAAUGCAGUAUCUUUUGAAACAUGCUGUAACUGACUUUACGAAGAUAAUUAAAAAAUUAAGCUGAGAAAAGCGGAAUAUAUAGAAAGUAUUAGUGAGCACAUUGUUGAGUAAUAAUUGGUGGAGUAUGGAUAUUAAUUUGUGCGAGAAGAAUAAAAUGGGAGUGCAAACAGGGAUUGAUUCCAAAGGAACUUCAUAUGAUAAUAAUGAGAAAAUGCAGGUAUCCGAUUGUCAAUAUAUAGUCAAUGAUGAAUUGAUAUACUCACAAGCGAAGCAAGAAAUGGUGCGUACUUCUCCCAAACCAAAGAGGACAGUGACAAAAAUUAAAGUGAAGAAAUCUAAACUAGAAGGAGAGUCAAGUUACGAUUCCACAAAGCUAGAGGACAGUUCUAUACAAGUUUUAGAACGAUUUAAGAGAGGAUGCGAAUGUCAAGAUGACCAAUGCUUCAAAGGAUUAAAUCCUGAGACAGUGUACAGGCAUAGGCUAAAUAUUGCAGAGUUAACUAAGGCUGAACACGAUAUGUAUUUAAUGGGCGUUACGAUGGCAUGCUUAACAAAUCCAUACGAGACAGCAAGACAUACAGAACGUCGUAGAUUGCGUGCGCAAUACGUGUAUCAAGGUCGCAGAGUUUGUUUAGAUGCUUUUUUAUAUUUAGAAAAUUGUACACAUUAUCAAAUAAAAAGAAUUAGGAAACACUUAAUGACUCAUGGCGUCACACCACGAGUUCACGGCAAUCAUGGGAAGAUUCCGCACAAUACAUUUUCCUUAGACAUUUAUAAAAUAGCUACAGAGUUCUUAAAAAGUUUUAUUGAACUACAAGAAGCGAAACAAAAAACUAAAGUUGCAAAAAAUGCACCAUUACAUUUACCACCUGAUAUUACACGUAAAGUAGUGUAUGAUUUAUACAUACAGUAUUGUAGAAAAGUAUCGCCUAACAUAAAAAUAAUGGGAUAUUCUACCUUUAGUAGAUUUAUGAAAGUUCAAUUUCCGCAAGUGAAAUUUGCGAAGCUAGAAUUUGUAGUUAGAAAUCAAAGUAUUCAAAGUCAAGGUGGUAAUAAAAUAGAUUUGGAGACAGACAUAACUAAUGAAGAACCUAAGUCAACGGAUUUAAUAACAGAGGAUGGUGCCUUAUUACCUUUAUUAAUUGCUAGUGAGGCAGGUCAAAGUGAUACUUAUUUCUUGACACCAGUCAGCAAAUUACAUGACGGUAUGAGUUAUCAAAUAACUACAACUGGGCUUCUUGCCAAUAAACCAGCAUUGCCUAUUACUUUAACUAAAGUAAAUGCUAUUUAAGGAACAGAGAUCUUUAUAUUUAAUAUUUGAAUAUAUUUAAAAAAAUAAUAUAUGUAAAAAUAUAUUUAUAUAUAUAUAUAUACACACACACAAUAAAUAUUUACGCGAUAUUUUAAACAUUGCU